AUGGUGCUGACCCUGUUCGAGCCGUUGUGGCUGAGCAUCUACUGGAAGGUGAACGGGUGUAUCGUCAUUGUAUUGAACUCCUUCGCGACGUUUAUCAUCUUCAAGUAUUCAUCCACGGAAAUGGCGGCUUAUCGAUAUUUUUUGAGCAAUAUAUUG